GCAGGAGAAGAGUUGAACCCAGGAGGCAGAAGUUGCAGUGAGCUGAGAUCAUGCCACUGCACUUCCGCCUGGGUGACAGAGCUAGACUCUGUCUCACAAAAAAACAAAAAGAAAAAAAAAACAAAACAAAAACCUGACCAUUAAAAAUGGCUUUAUGAAAAUAUUUCAUUUUGUAACAAUGGGGUUGGGGAGUCUUAAUAAUUGUCUAACAUGUAAAGUAGGAAGGGUAUAUCAAACUUUGCAAAUAUCACAUUGACUCAUAAAACUUUAUUAAGGCUCUAUUGAGAGGUGAGGCCAGGUGGACUUCCUGAGACAAGUGGGGACUUGGGGAACUUGCCUGUCUUACAAGAGGAGUGUAAAACGUACCAAUCAGCGCUCUGUAAAAAGCACCAAUCAGCACUCUGUAAAACACACUAAUCAGCACUCUGUAAAACGCACCAAUCAGCAGGAUUUUAAAAGUAGCCAAUCGCAGGGAGGACUGAAAAAAGGGCACUCUCAUAGGACAGAAACAGAACACUGGAGAAGACAAUAAGGGAAUAAAAGCUGGCCACCCCAGCCAGCAGCAGCAACCCGCUCCAGUCCCCUUUCACGCUGUGGAAGCUUUGUCCUUUCACUCUUCACAAUAAAUCUUGCUAUCGCUCACUCUGGGUCUGUGCCAUCUUUAAGAGCUGUAACACUUACCACCAAGGUCUGCCGCUUCAUUCUUGAAGUCAGUGAGACCACUAAUCUACCGGCAGGAACCAAUUCCAGACGCAUUAUUAAGGUAGGUAGAUCUUCAAUAGAUCUACUCUUUUUUAUUUUUAUUUUUAUUUUUGGCAGUUUAUAACCAUGUACCAAGGAUGCACAAUUAAAAAAAUAAAGCCAACUUUUACAUUAAGAUUUGACCAAAAAUCAUCAAUAAUACAUCGUUUUAAUGCUAGUAGAAUCUUCUUCUGACAUCAGUUCUAUUAGCAUAAUUAUAAUGUCAAUUAAAAAAUCAUCAAUAAUACAUCGUUUUAAUGCUAGUAGAAUCUUCUUCUGACAUCAGUUCUAUUAGCAUAAUUAUAAUGCCAAUUAAAAAAAUCUAGUGGGUCUCUUCAUUUUAGUUUAGAGCUUGAUUGGAAACAUUCAGGAAAACAUCCAUGGCUUGCUACUUUCUCUUUACCUCUAGCACUAUGCUUCUCCCCACCAGCCCUCCCUCCACAUCCUCUGACUCAGAGACUAUUUGAAGAGGACACCUGUUUUAAAUGGAGCCACAGGAAAUACCUAUGUUGCCUUUUCAUAAUCCUACCCUGCAACUGGUUGGCUGAAAUGAAAAUGUUGCCCACAGACUGAUGCAACUUCAGUGUGACAACAUUUACUGGAAGGCAGGAGGGACUCCAGUUUAUAUUUAUUUUCCUUCCAUUAAGCCCUGGUAGUGUAGUGUAAGAAAAAAGUAACGGCAAAACCAGUUUAACAACCAGAUGAUUAGCAUUAAAUUACACGCAGGGGUUUUACAUCCAAAAUUGGAAUUUUUUAAAGCUGAAUGCAAUCUUGUGGCAGAAAGUUAUUUGAAAAUCCUUUCUUUAUAGCUUUUUAUCUAUAAACCACUUGUCCAAAGUUCAUAUUCUAGCUGAUGUUAUAUAUUGAUAUGACAUUAAUCAAUCUGUCAUGGAAAAGUGCUGCGUAGCCUACCCAUUGAAAGCAGAAUUGAGAGAGUUUCCCAGUGAUUGACAGUCGUUUGUCAACACUGAAAACCUUAUUGCCCCAAAAUACUGAAAGUCACUCGCGGCUGCCUGUGCUCGGGUUUACACCCCACGUUCACACCCCCACCGGAUCCCUCCGCACGGGGCACCAGCUCUCGGCCAACUGCAACUACCCCAGGAAGCGUCACCGCGAUUCCGGGGCGGGAACAUUUGUGGACACUGGGGUCCCCUCCUUCAGUCCAGGUUCCCCGCCCCCUCGCCCGGCCCGGCGCCCACUAGCCACAGGCCCCGCUUCCCCCUGGAGAUCAGCGCGCACUUCCCGAGCCCUCGUAGCACUCAGAGGUCGCACCCACACCUGGGAUGCCUAGGGGGCGCCUCCUGGCCGGGUGUCCCGGGACCCUGCGAACGCAGGAGCAGAAUGACGAAGGUGACGAAAGAGAUGACGACACGCCGCCUGCCAGGCCGCGGCCGGCAGUGGAGAGCGUCCGCAAACCGCGCCCGGCCAGUACAGGUGCUGCGGAUGGCAAUCCUGCUGUCCUACUGCUCUAUCCUGUGUAACUACAAGGCCAUCGAAAUGCCCUCACACCAGACCUACGGAGGGAGCUGGAAAUUCCUGACGUUCAUUGAUCUGGUUAUCCAGGCUGUCUUUUUUGGCAUCUGUGUGCUGACUGAUCUUUCCAGUCUUCUGACUCGAGGAAGUGGGAACCAGGAGCAAGAGAGGCAGCUCAAGAAGCUCAUCUCUCUCCGGGACUGGAUGUUAGCUGUGUUGGCCUUUCCUGUUGGGGUUUUUGUUGUAGCAGUGUUCUGGAUCAUUUAUGCCUACGACAGAGAGAUGAUAUACCCGAAGCUGCUGGAUAAUUUUAUCCCAGGGUGGCUGAAUCACGGAAUGCACACGACGGUUCUGCCCUUUAUAUUAAUCGAGAUGAGGACAUCGCACCAUCAGUAUCCCAGCAGGAGCAGCGGACUCACCGCCAUAUGUACCUUCUCUGUUGGCUAUAUAUUAUGGGUGUGCUGGGUGCAUCAUGUAACUGGCAUGUGGGUGUACCCUUUCCUGGAACACAUUGGCCCAGGAGCCAGAAUCAUCUUCUUUGGGUCUACAACCAUCUUAAUGAACUUCCUGUACCUGCUGGGAGAAGUUCUGAACAACUAUAUCUGGGAUACACAGAAAAGCUGUGCAUUUGGAUCAGCUGCUAUUUGGCAAUAUGAAUCACUGAAAUUCAGGGUCCAGAGUUAUUUUGAUGGCAUAAAAGCUGAUUGGUUGGAUAGCAUAAGACCACAAAAAGAAGGAGACUUCAGAAAGGAGAUUAACAAGCGGUGGAAUAACCUAAGUGAUGGCCAGCGGACUCAGAAGCCGUCGUGGUGGCUACAGCCAAACAGCAAGCCAGAGGAGCAACAGGUGGGGACAAAGACACAAACAGAGGUAGCUAUAAAAGCAACAUCCACUGAAUGAAGCCAACAAGCACCAAGGCAGCAGGAAAAUGAUUACCAAGAAGAAUGAGGUGCCAUUUCAUCAGAAGGAAGGAGAAAGG